AUGUUUCUUCGCACAGCGCGCAUGGUUUUCCCGGCUUUUGCACGAGUUCAAAGUACACAAUUGGCUGGCGCAAGAUGUUUUGCUUCGAUGCAGAUGGCGAAGAGACCAACAUUGGCUUUGAUGGAGAGGGCGAAGGAGAGUGCGAAUUUGGGCGCGAGUGGAAAAGGGGCAGAACAAGUUAGGGGUAUGAAGGUUAGAAGUUCAGUGAAGAAGUUGUGUGAGGGGUGCAAGAGCGUCAGAAGAAAGGGCGGAAAAUCGGGGAAAGGACAUGUUUAUAUCAUUUGUUCAUUGAAUCCUAAGCACAAGCAGAGACAAGGGAAAUAG